UUCACAAUACACAUCACUACUAUUCAUCUUCUUCUCCAUAUUAUUAAGCUCCAAUCUCUCCAUUUUAUAUAUACUUGGAUACCUAAUAAUCCAUCAAUGGUGCUUUCAUUGAGAGAUUAGAGCACAAUCAAGUGAGAUCCUCCCUAAAAUUAUCCAGAAAACAGUGAAAUACUAUGGCACAAUGGGAAAAACUUGAUCUGAGAUGCUGGAAUUCGGACUGGUAACUAAAAAUCUGGGUUUCCACGAUACCAGUCGAACGAUCGUCUCCUACAGAUUCUCAAGAACAUAUGAGUUAAGAUUUUGAAAUGAGAGCUAUGGAUCUGAUCUAAAUCUCAUCCAACUGACUGGAAUUCCAGAUCUGGGAAAGGCGAGCGAGCAGACAUCUCCCGUUCGUUGCUCUACCAUUCCAGACAUGGCAAAUCCGCACGCAAAUCUCCGGAAAUUGCACCUGAUUUCUGCUCACUGCUGGGAGUAAAGUUUACGACCUCCGCCAUUAAUGGCCGGUAGAAAGGGAAACCGAGCUCAUACCUGUCUCCAACGCUUAAGAUCGGAUGCUUCUGCUACCAUUAAUGGCACCCGUCCCUCAUUGACGCUGCUACCAUCCGCUCAAGACUAGCACUGACAUUGCGACCGACGCGCGAGCUCCGCCGGAGGGGUCCAAUCUUCCUCAAUCCUCACCGUUGCCUUCACCCACCUAACUCCGACUCUCUGGUCCGUACCGCUCUCCGGCAGUUGCGACCGAUGUUUUCAGGCGCCGACAAGCUUUACUGCUCCACAGCGGAUGGCGAGCGUUGACAAGACCAAACAGAGGCGGGGCAGGGGCUGGCAUGGCUCUCCAUCUCGACUUGCAGAUCCAUUGCUGGUGGGCCCAGACUGUGAGUUCUUAAAUUUCCCACAAGGGUGAAAUCGUUGCCCCUGGACGACAAAGGCUCCUGUUCCAUGGAAGAUGAGGGAGGAGGCAGACCUUCAGCCGCUUCCGACUUGCAGCCUGGAGUUCUGAGGUGGCACUGAUUCCCUCCUCAACCUGCAGAUCUAAAAUCAUGGAUUGACAAUAAUGGGCUAGACCAUCCUCGGCUAUUUCAAAAGCUAAGUACCCCAAAUUUUUUCCUACUUAUGCAUUAAAUAUGGAAUCAAAUAAUUUUACUACUUUUAUGAUUAUUAUUAUUAUUAUUAUUAUUUCCACCACCAUUAUGGCGGGUUAAAAACCCCCGAGGUGGUGAAGACCAUUAUGAGGGAUUAAAAUUUCCCGAGGUCACUAAUGAUGCAUUAUUAUUGGCAUUAUUAUUUUUAUCAUCGCCAUUAGAGCGGGUCAAAAAACCCCAAAGUGGUGGACCCGAGCUCUAGUCUACCGACCAUCUUUAUUUGAUGAUUUGAAUUAUAUUUGGGUCCCUCGACCUACCCUAGUCACCUUUAUUUGGUGACUCGGGCAUCUAAAAAUGAGAGCCGCUACCGGCCGCACAUGGCAUUAUGCCCGAAAGCGGUAAACGGUACACCUCGUUCUCCGAGACGCUAAUCGCGUCGCCCAAAAGCCGUUGCCAUGAACAACGCACCUAUUGUAUUCCGCUUAUUUUUUGGAAAUGUAAAUAGAAGAUACCACGUGUCGUAUCAGUAGCCUUCGAGCGAAAGGCUCAGGUCUGCUCCACUUUGUAUUUUGUAUCAGCGAAGGGCUCAGGCCUAGCUGAGAGAGCACAUCGUCCUGGCCCCGUAAGCCUAGAGUGAAACGCUCAGGUAUGGCCGAUGAUGUCCCCAGGACGAGGGGCCCGCAAACGGCCCGCGUCUUGAAAUGGGAAGUUCACCGCGUCGUCCACGCGCCAGAUCGCAGGAUGACAGGCCUGAAAUCAUGGCCGAGGUGGCAGAAUCCCCCCACUCAGGGUUGGGCAACGGCAGCCGUUGGAAACCAACCAAAAGUCUAGCCCGCGUCAUAAAUAGGCGACGGGACCCCCCCUGAGAUCACGGACGUUAUAAACGAAGUCCGAACCGGCCGAAGGACGAGCACACCCUUCGGCCGAAGCCUGAAAGAAGGAUACUCCCCGAAAUAGGGAACGGAAACGGAAAUAAAAAAAAAGAGAGAGAAAAGGAAAAAGAAAAAAUAAAAGAGGGAAGUCGAGGACCGCGCGCACUCGCCGUCCUCGAGCAACAAAAAUGAAAUCCCCACAACAAUACUAAGUACAUAUCAGGCAAAUACUACACAUUAUGGACGAAGCAAGACCAUACAUGCGGAUUAGACGAGCGCCCAGCGCCGUCCCUGAUCUUUCAGACGAGCGGCCAGCGCCGUCCAUCAUCUCAGACGAGCGCCCAGCGCCGUCCAUCAUCUCAGACGAGCGCCCAUCGCCGUCCCUCAUCUUAGACGAGCGCCCGGCGCCGUCCUUCAUUCUUAGACAAGCGCCCAGCGCCGUCCCUCAUUUUUUAGACGAGCGCCCAGCGUCGUCCCUCAUUUUCAGACGAGCGCCCAGCGCCGUCCAUCAUCUCAGACGAGCGCCCAGCGCCGUCCAUCAUCUCAGACGAGCGCCCAGCGCCGUCCAUCAUCUAAGACGAGCGCCCAGCGUCGUCCCUCAUCUCAGACGAGCGCUCAGCGCCGUCCAUCAUCUCAGACGAGCGCCCAACGCCGUCCAUCAUCUCAGACGAGCGCCCAGUGUCGUCCAUCAUCUCAGACGAGCGCCCAGCGCCGUCCAUCAUCUCAGACGAGCGCCCAGCGCUGUCCCUCAUCUGAGACGAGCGCCCGGCGCCGUCCUUCAUUCUUAGACGAGCGCCCAGCGCCGUCCCUCAUUUUUAGACGAGCGCCUAGCGCCGUCCCUCAUAUUCAGACAGGCGUCCACCGCCUCGUCCCCCUAUUCAGAUAUAGCGAACAUCUUGCGGUCUCCGGCCGAAAGGCUAAAGGAGCCUAGAGUUCAGCCAUAUAUCGCUCCGUCAUCUGUAUUUGAUGACGCGAAGCUCAUUUGCAAGCCCAUCGGCCAUAUAUCGCUCUGUCAUCUUUAUUUGAUGAUGAAGAGCUCAUUUGUAGGCCCAUCGGCCAUAUAUCGCUCUGUCAUCUUUAUUUAAUGACGGAGAGCUCAUCUACAGGAUCAUCGGCCAUAUGUCGCUCUGUCAUCUUUAUUUGAUGAUGAAGAGCUCAUUUGUAGGCCCAUCGGCCAUAUAUCGCUCUGUCAUCUUUAUUUAAUGACGAAGAGCUCAUCUACAGGACCAUCAGCCAUAUAUCGUUCUGUCAUCUUUAUUUGAUGACGAGGAACUCAUUUGUAGGCCUCUGGGCCACAUCUUGCUCCGUCAUCUUUAUUUGAUGACGCGAAGCUCAGUUGCAGGCCCAUCGGGCAUAUAUCGCCUCAUCAUCUUUAUUUGAUGACGCGAAGCUCAUUUACAGGCCCAUCGGCCAUAUCUCGCUCCGUCAUCUUUAUUUGAUGACAUGGCGCUCGCAUAUAGGCCUCUGAGCCAUACAUCACCCCGUCAUCUUUAUUUGAUGAUGUGGGGCUCUCAUGUAGGCCUCUCAGCCAUACGUCGCCCCGUCAUCUUUAUUUGAUGACGUGGAGCUCUCAUAUAGGCCUCUCUCGGCCAUACAUCACCCCGUCAUCUUUAUUUGAUGAUGUGGGGCUCUCAUGUAGGCCUCUCGGCCAUACAUCACCCCGUCGUCUUUAUUUGACGACGUGGAGCUCUUAUGCAGGCCUCUCGGCCGCACCAUCGCCCCGUCGUCUUUAUUUGACGACGUGGAGCUCUUAUGCAGGCCCCUCGGCCGCACCAUCGCCCCGUCGUCUUUAUUUGACGACGUGGAGCUCUUAUGCAGGCCCCUCGGCCGCACCAUCGCCCCGUCGUCUUUAUUUGACGACGUGGAGCUCUUAUGCAGCCCCCUCGGCCGCACCAUCACCUCGUCGUCUUUAUUUGACGACGUGGAGCUCUUAUGCAGGCCCCUUGGCCGCACCAUCGCCCCGUCGUCUUUAUUUGACGACGUGGAGCUCUUAUGCAGGCCCCUCGGCCACACCAUCGCCUCGUCGUCUUUAUUUGACGACGUGGAGCUCUUAUGCAGGCCCCUCGGUCGCACACAUCGCCCAAUCGUCUUUAUUUGACGACGUGGAGCUCUAUGCAGGUCCCUCGGCCAUACAUCGCCUCGUCGUCCUUAUGCGACCACGUGGAGCUCUCGUACAGGCCUCUCGGCCCAUCGGCCUUACAUUCUGGUCAUCUUUAUUUGAUGAACCAGACAUCAUAUUGUGGACGGUCGCUCGACCCAUCCCUUAGUCAUCUUUAUUUGAUGACUAGGACUACUGAUCAUGAUGAGCUACCCACAUCUAGAGAUCGGUCUCGACCAUCCAGCAGACGGGCACCACUGUAGCUCCAUCUCCAGGCCGAAGGGCUCGCACCUUUUGUUUCAUUUUGGGGGCAUCCGGUGUACUCUUUUUCCCUCAUUAGGAUUUUUUCCCACAGGGUUUUUCCUAAUGAGGUUUUUAACGAGGCAUCUCCCCAUCGUGGAUCAAAAGGUGUCAACCCUCGGCCCCCUGUUGAAGACAUCAUCCGACACGCAUUACUCUACUCCUCUUCACCUCAUUGCACUCGCCUCAAGGAGUGGGGGACUGGAAGAGCGGGGGACUUAGCGCCUCCGUUAACCAAAGAAGCAGAAAUUCAAAUUUUUGUUAAUGAAGUUUACUCACCAGACGGCGACAGAUCGGCACACGGUUCUACUCUCUUUCGCCUCGAAUACUCUCGACUCAGAGAGUGGGGGACUCCUGAUAGAGUAUAUAGACUCGGACCCCCGGGUCUCAUGACUAUUGGGCCCGGACAGCGGCCCACACACAUCUUACGGAUAUCAUUUGUAUCAUUGUACUGCUUAUAUGUCAUUUGUAUGUAACUAUGUACUAGAUUAGUCUUUUAUGUAGUUGGGCUACCGAGCCCAUAUUAGCGGCCCGGCCCAUUAUUUCUUCUAUAUAUACUCCCUUAGGGAGUUCUUGUAAACCUAAGUCUCAACUUCACAAUACACAUCACUACUAUUCAUCUUC